UAUUCACUUGCUCAUUUCAUAUUCAUCUUCUGUAUUCAAUCAGCAAAGAGACUACAUUUUUUCUUUUCGAAAACUUUCAAGGAAGAUCAGAAAAAUGGCCGAGAAGAACCAGCAGGCGUAUGCAUCAGCAAAUGGCUACUCCAGAAGUGCAGACCAAGAAUCGUCCCCCUUCCAAUCUGACGAAGAGCUCAAGCGCCAGAAAAGAAUCAAAUUGUUCACCUACAUUGGUUUUUUCAUUAUCUUUCAAAUCAUAGUAAUGACCGUAUUUGGUCUCACUGUGAUGAAAGUUAAGACUCCGAAAGCCAGAUGGGGUGAAAUCAGUGUUGAAGCCCUCAAUUCUGUCCCUGCAACACCUUCGUUCGAUACGACCUUUGAAACGCAGCUAAGGAUCAAGAACACAAACUGGGGUCCUUACAAGUUCGAAGCAGGCACUGCCACAUUUUUGUACCAAGGCGUGACUGUUGGGAAAGUUGAUAUUCCUAAGAGCAAGGCCGGAAUGCGAUCCACCAAGAAAAUCGAUGUUGAGGUGAGUUUGAAUACUAAUGCCUUGCCAAGCAGUUCCACUCUUGGAAGUGAAUUGAACAGCGGGGUGUUGACGCUGACCAGCCAAGUUCAACUGAAAGGCAAAGUUGAGUUGAUGAUGAUAAUGAAGAAGAAUAAGAAUGCCUCUAUGGAUUGCACUGUAGCAUUUGAUUUGUCUACGAAGACUGUCAAAACCCUAAAAUGCAAGUGAUCGUCAUCUAUCAGACAAGUAUAUACAGGGGUUUACGCUGUGUCUUUAGAUAGUAGUUAGUUGGAUCGUGAAAUGAUGAAGACUAGACGACUAGUUCUUAUGCAUUCUUUUAUUCAUGAUUUGUGUGAUGCUUGGAUCAAUUAAGUUGUUGCUGGAUUUUGAUUACAAAUUUAUAAUAAUACUUUUUCUGAGUAUUAAUUAUUGCGGCCUAUGUUU